GAGAAAGAUGAUAAUGAUCCCGCACUUCCACUUUUUGUUUUUAAGCAUAAAUCAGGAAAAAGUGAAUUUUUAAACCUUAUUUCUUCAAAUAAUCCUCCUCUACAAAACAAACCAGACGAUUAUAAUACAGAUCCAUCAACUGAUCCACAAUCUCAACGAGAAGCAGAAAAGUCCCAGUUAGAAAUUUCUAGUCAGGACAAAGGGGCAGGAGGCAUAAAUCUAAAAGAAAUAGCAAAAGAAAUAAACCAAGGAACUACUUCUGAUGAAGAAAACCAACCAGCACCCAAAGAAAACCAACAAAAUCAACUCCAAAAGACGGAUAAUAAAGAUAACAAAAAUGUUUACUAUGGAAUUGGAGCAAUUUCUCUGGUGCUACUGGUGAUAGAUAGUUACAAAAACGAAACAACCGCAAUAAGAAUUAGUAAAGGCACAGAAUUAGAAGGAGUAUUAGAAAUUAAGGAUUAUCCCCAACUAAAAGAAAUUUUUUUGGGUGGGGCUAAGGGAAUAACCGAAUUAAAAAUCAUUAAUUGUCCGGCUGUUGAAACACUUUUUGUAUCCGACAAUCAGAUUACUAAAAUAGAGGGAUUGACUGACUUAUCUAAACUGAAAAAAUUGAGUUUUGGAGGUAAUAAGUUAGAGGAAAUUGACAUUAGCAAAAAUACUGAAUUAGAAAUGCUUUAUUUUCGCGACAAUCCAACCGCUCUCAAAUUUGCUAAUGGCAUAAAAAAUCUCUCUAAAUUAAUCAAAGAAUUAAAAGAAAUAGCAAAAGAAUUGGGAUUAGACGGAGAAGGAAAAAGUUUAGAUGAAAUCAAACAGGCGAUUAAAGACGAAUUAGACAAAAAUAAGCAAAAUAAGGAAAAAUUAGAGCAAGAAUUACCGGGUCUAUUUGGCACCGAUGGUAAAGUGGAUGAAAGUAAGUUGGGAGAAAUAAAAGAUAAGGCGGAAAAAGGCAAUAACUAUGACGAUUUAGUAGAAAAAAAUCCCGACCUGAUUGUGGAUGGCAAAAUCGAUCAAAGUAAACUUAAUGAUCUGAAUGAUAAAGGGAAAAAAUUUGAUGAUUUGAAAAACACUAUGGACGCAAUUGGAAUAGAUCCUAAUAAUGUUGCCGAUGCUACCAAAAAUAUUAAAGAAUUAAAGGCGCUGGAAGAAAGUGUGAUAGCCUAUUUUGGCAAAGAUUACAAAGAGCGAUUGAAAGUGGAAACUUACCAGGCUUACAUAGAAGAUAAAAGUAUUAAGAAAAUAGAAUUGUAUGAUGAGAACCGAAAAGCCAAAGCAAUGGAAGAAUUGACAGGGGAAUUAGUAAUUAAAGACUAUACGGAGUUGGAAGAAAUUGAUUUUAAAAGAUGGGACAAAAAGGUUAAGGAUAAAAUAACGAAAGUAACCAUUGAAAAUUGUCCUAAAGUAAAAAAUAUUAAUUUUGAUAAUAGCGAAACUACUGAGAUUAUUUUCCAAGGUUCUUUUCCUAAUUUAGCGCGGUUGGAUUUGCCGGACAAUAAAUUGACUAAAAUCGACGUUAGCAAACUGCCUAACCUAACCAAUCUAAAUAUUGCCCGAAAUCCUAAUCUUACGGAAAUAACAGAUGACUUAAAAAACCGACCGACCCAAGAGGAUUUAAACAAAGCAGCAAAAGACGCAGAAGACAAAGCGGUAAAAAAUACAGAGGACAAGUUCAAAGAUUACAUUAAUCCGAACGACCCCACUCAGAAAGACAAAUUGGAAGCAGCGGCCAAAAAUCAAGGCAUGCAAGUUGAAAAAGAUAUAAAAGAGGCACAAUCUCAGCCAGCCACAGGGACAGUUCCUUCUGCUGAACAACAGCAGAAAAUUGAUAAUUUAAUAAAAAUAAUAGAAAAGCAGAACGAAGCGAUUAAAAAAUAUGGUGAUGAGUUAGACGAUUAUCAACCAGAAAUUAGGGAUGAAUGA